CAAGGCCAACAACAUGGCCGCCUGCUGGGUUGGUGUGUGUUGUGAUGCUGAGCUGGUGGUCGCUGUUUAAUGUUAAACUUCAAUGUAGUCAAUUAGAAAGCGACGUGCAUCACUGAAAACAUCCUCGAGAGAAAGGUGUGUGUAAGAGCUGAUCUUCAGCGUUGGUGUGUUCAAUCAUGGCUUCCGCGUUUGUGGUCGGAGAUAAAUUCAGGAGAAAGGUGACAGAGCUGCUGGAAAACACGGACUCAUCUCCGCCACAAACACUGAGAGAGGAACUGCAGGAGCUUCUGGAAAACCCCGAAAUAAAGCUGUCCUUCAGCACAGCGAGAACACUGAAGAAAUACCUUGAGGACAGCGGACAUCCUUUCUACCUGCAUGACUUGUUGGAGGACAGCUCCCUGCACCUGCCUGAGGUGGUGAAGCCUCCCAGAAAUCCUGAGCUGGUCGCACGUCUUGAGAAGAUCAAAGCCAAACUAGCCAACGAGGAAUACAACAGGAUCACACGUAAUGUGAACACCCAGGAAAUCAACCGAAGUGGAACCUUGGCAGAUUUUGGACGGCAAGUGCGGUCAGUCAAAGCAGUGCUGGUGACCGUGUUCAACUUCCUGGUUACCGUAGUCGCUGCUUUCGCCUGUUCAUACAUGGGCAGUCAGUAUCUGUUCGCUGAAACAGCAGCGCGGGUGAUAUCAGCUGUGAUUGCUGCGUCUGUAGUCGGGCUUGCUGAGCUGUAUGUCCUGGUCCGGACCAUGGAGGGAGAACUGGGGGAACCAUAGCAGCUGGACACAAGAAAUGAGAGUUACAGUCACCUUUGGAGGCAAAGCCAGUGGGCUGCAGGAGCCCUCAAAGCAGAACAGCUUUGGGUAGCCCACCAAGCCUUGUGAUUCAGAUCUACUUUGCUGAGUUUUGUUUUUUUAUGUGUCAGGGAAAUUGGUGGAAUUCAUCCAGAGAAAUCCACAGAAUUUAUAAACAGAGACACUCGUAGCACCAAAUGGAAGCUGGAACUUCUGGGAAAAAAGCAACUUGGUUCCAAACGAUGAAAUAUUUGAUGUGUGACGUUCCACCUGCCCUUUUUUUAAAAUGAAAUCUAAAUGUUGUUGAUCUUUCUUAUUUAUUUCCAUGUAAUUUGUUUGUCAGAUCUUUCUCUACAGCCUAGAUUUUCUGUCCUUGUCGCUGCACUAUGAAGUGAAUGUUAUUAUUUCUUUUAUUCUGUUCUAACAUGUAAUCAUAUUUAAUUCAUGAUUGUUUAAUAAAAUCAUCAGAACUUU